GCUUAUACAACCAACCUUGUCCCUCGUUCAUUUUUUUACUGAUGCAAAAGUAUAAUUGAUUAAGAUACAUACUAGGUAGGCAGGUACAUAUGCCGUAGCCGUUGAGUUAUAAUACAUCUCUUUCGUCUUCUCUCCUUCUCCUUCCUCUUCCUCUUCUUCCCAUCUCACAAAUACACCUCAUCAUGUAUUCCAAACUUCGCAUCCCCCUACUCCUCACCGUAGCAGCCACGGCACGAUCUCAAUUCGUCAAAGCUCCUACUGAUCUCACUACUACGACGGGAUAUUUGGAUUUACAGGUUAGGUAUAAAGAGGUUCCGAGCGGGAUUUGUGAGUCGCAGGAGGGGGUGAAGAGUUUGAGUGGUUAUGUGGAUAUUGAGGAGGGGCAACACAUUUUUUGGUAAGAUUAUGUUUUGUUGAGUUUCUUUGGAGGGUUGAGGAGGUGAAGAUGGAUAAGCUUGCAUUUGUCAAGGUCAUUCUUGAUCACAAUGACCUUUUGGCUGGAAUCCUUUCAUUCUUCUUUCAUCUAUCCUUUACAUCAUACCCCUAGGACUCGUACAGAUGUGCUAAUAUCUCAAUAGGUGGUUCUUCGAAACCCGUAAUGGAAAUGCAUCAGAAGCUCCAUUGACUGUAUGGAUUAAUGGCGGACCUGGUUCAUCGUCUAUGAUUGGAUUGUUUGAGGAGAAUGGACCGUGUUCUAUUGAUGCCGAUGGAAAUGUGGUUAAUAAUCCUUAUAGUUGGAAUAAUGUUAGCAAUAUGCUUUAUAUUGAUCAACCAGCUCAGGUAUGUAGGGUUUAUUUUUGGGGGUUUAGGAUUCAUUGGAUGACUUUGAUGGAUAUUUACCACAUGCUCAUGGGCUCAUGGGCUGGUAAAAUCUUGAGCUCGAAUGCAUAACUGAUAUUUCCUAGGUCGGUCUCUCAUACUCGAUUCCUGUAAAUGGAUAUGUUGAUCCUAGUUCGGGUUUAAUCGUCACAUUACCCGAUGCUACUUGUCCGGAUUAUGCACAGAAUUGGAGAUGUGGAACUUAUAGUUAUGCGAAUGAAAGUCUGACGGUUAAUUCUACGGAUGCUGGAGCUCCAGGCUUUGUAGGUUUAUCUAUGGUUCUCUCAAAGAGGUUUACUGAUGAUAUCACAGUGGAAAACAUUGCAAGGAUUUAUGGGUGCUUUCCCUGAAUACUCUCGAAAUGGAUUUCACUUUGCGACUGAGAGUUAUGGUGGUCAUUAUGGUCCUAUCUAUAAUGAGUACAUCGAAACUCAAAACGCCAAGAAUAUCUCGGGUGCUCUUCAAAUUUCUCUCGAAUCUGUUCUUAUUGGUAAUGGUUGGUAUGAUCCAUUGAUUCAAUAUCAAGCAUACUAUAACUUCACCGUUUCACCUGGUAACACCUACGAUUAUUCCCCCUUUAACGCAACCGUGGAAGCUGAAUUGUACAAUAACCUAUACGGUGCUGGAAAUUGCGUCGAUCAGAUUAAGGAUUGUGCGGCCAGAGGUAUCAAUGAGAUUUGUGCCGCCGCAGAUAAUUUCUGUGCUAAUCUCGUAGAAGUUAUCUAUGAUACUUAUUCACGAAGAGAUGAACUUGAUGUGAGAGAAUUAACACCAGAUCCUUUCCCAUAUAGUUAUUACGCUUCUUACCUCAAUACACCCGAAGUACAAGCUGCUAUUGGUGCCUUCCAGAAUUACUCUGCUUCUUCAAAUGCGGUUGGAACUGCUUUUCGUUCUACCGGUGAUGAUAAGUAAGUAGAGUCAAAGACUUAAACACUAUGAAAGUUACUAAUCUCUAUUAGCCGGGAAGCUGGUACCAUCGAGGCAGUUAGAGCCCUGCUCACCCAAGGAGUAUACGUCGCUAUGAUGGCAGGUGAUGCUGAUUACAAGUAAGUCUUCCAACCAAGCUAACAUCACACCUCCUACCCUACUAACCAGAUCUCCAGCUGCAACUGGCUAGGCGGCGAAGUAGUAUCGCAAGAAGUAAACGCGCCCAACUUCUCCAAGGCAGGCUACACCAACAUCAGCACAUCCGACUCAGUCGUACAUGGCCAAGUAAAACAAUCCGGUCUCUUCUCCUUCUCACGCAUCUACGAAUCCGGCCACGAAGUCCCCUUCUACCAACCUCUUGCCGCUCUCGAAAUCUUCCAACGAGUUAUCGGACGAGUGGAUAUCGAAACGGGUUUGAUUAGUAUUGAUGCUAAUAAAAAUUAUUUGACGGUGGGCACUGAGAAGAGUACCUAUAGGGAGGGUAAUAAGACGGUUCAGUUUGAGGUUUUGCCCGCUGAUAGUACGUAUAAUACUACGUUGAAUGGACCGAAUCCGGUGGAGAGUGGGAAGAGAGAAGGUAAGAGGGAAUUGAGGAAGAUGGCUUUGGGAAGGGACGGUGGAGACAUGGUGAAGAGGAGGUUUAAGUUUGGGGGUGGGAGGUAAGAGGUAGAUGGAGGUGGAGUUGUUAGGUUGUGGGGAAUGGGGAGCGGAGAGUGAAGGAUGGAGGAUGGACAAAAUAAUGUGACUGUGAUGUAUAUGGUGGUAUUGGUGAUCUGUAGUUGGCUUUACUUUGACUGGCAAUAAAGAGUUCUCACAUGGAAUGUUGACUUAAAAGAGGGACGAGGAUAAUCGAUCGAUGACACACAGAGCUAUAGAGGUACAGAGGUACAUAUUUCAAAAGUAGAUAAUGAGCGAAUUUGCACAAGAAUGACGAUAAAAUUCCAACUCCUGACUUCUAACUUAUACUCUCCCUAAAACAAACCCUAAUUCCU